AUGAAGGUGGGGGACCUGCAGCAAUCCCCGCCUCUGCUGGUCCAGCAGUACGAGAAGACUGUCACCAUGGUGGUGGCGACGCAUCAGCAGGUGAUGUGUUUACUACGAGGACUGAAUACACAGAAAGCCACCGGCCCUGAUGAUUUCAGCCCGCACCUCCUGAAGCGAUGCUUCCAGGAAAUGGCUGCUCCUCUUACCCAAGUCAUCUCACCCUGUGUACAGGAAAACGUCUGGCCGUCAGUGUGGAAGGAGGCUUGCGUGGUACCCGUACUCAAAAAGGCUCCAGGACGGACUAAAAAAACUACAGACCCAUACCGCUGUUAUCGGUGGUGGGACGCCCUCGACGACAGCAGGGACACUGUCGUGAUUGUCUUAUUAGCUUUUGACAAAGUAUGGCAUCGAGGCCUACUAGAAAAGCUCCGUGCUAAAGGUAUCCAGGGCGGCAUGUUACGACUCCUUGUAAAUUACCUGCAGGACAUAAGCCUCAAGGUGGUUGUCAACGGCCAAACAUCUGAGUCUCUGCCUGUGGAGGCAUCAUGGAGGUGCUGCUGA